ACUCUACCCCCUUCUCUCUCGACAUAGAGGAGCCCUAACGGCUAACACUACCCCCAGAAGUUGAUGUGGAUACUGAAGAGACAGAUGGGAAUCCAGAGGCUAAUCUGAUAUUUUCAAACGUUGUUUCAUGUAAAGUGAAUGAAAUGGGUUUUGAGAAGGAAGGUUCAAAAACUGGAGGAGGCUAUGUUGGUGGUUUCUUUCAGUUGUUUGAUUGGACAGCAAAAUCUCGGAAGAAGUUAUUCUCAAGCAAGUCUGAAUUACCAGAACGUUCAAAACGAGGAAAGAAAAGCGAUGGGAACUUUCCAACGACACGAUUUCAUUUCAUGGAUGAGGAUGAAACUGGAGCAGGAUCCAGUGUCAAAGGUAGUGAUUAUAGCUGUGCUUCAUCAGUUACGGAUGAUGAUGGAUUCGGAGCAAGGGCUCCUGGGGUGGUUGCCAGGCUUAUGGGUUUAGAUUCUAUUCCGACAUCAAAUUUUUCUGAGUCAUACUCUACUCCCUUUUCUGAUACUCAAUCUCUUCGAGAAGUUCGACAUCACAGGAAAAAUUACUAUUCUCAAGACCAUCAAGUCAUGUAUUCCGGAAACUUACAUAGUAAGGUGGAGGGCUCUUCCAGGCACUUCGUGGAGUCGAAGCCUCCAAAGAUAAACAAACCCAUUGAGAAAUUUCAAACCGAAGUUUUACCUCCUAAAUCAGCCAAAUCAAUUCCGAUCACCCAUCACAAACUUCUUUCUCCAAUAAAGAAUCCUGGCUUCAUCCCAACUAGGAAUGCUGCUCAUAUAAUGGAAGCAGCUGCAAAAAUGAUUGAGUCUAGCCAGCAAGCUAACAAUACCAAGGCCAAAAUGCUGCUGGUUGGAUCAUCCUCCGUACCCCUAAGAGUUCGGGAUCUGAAGGAAAAGGUUCAGGCUGCACAGCAAAUGCCUUUGGCUGACUCUUCUUCUGCAUCCUUAAAAGCCCGUGAUCUGAAAGAGAGAGCCGAAGGUGCUCGCAAAACAUCCAGGCCUGCUGAAGCUUUUCGAAGGCCAUUUGAGUCGAAUGCUGUCAAAUAUCUCGAGGGACAGCCUUUGAAUAAGAGCUGGAACGGCUCUGUAGAUUCUUCUUUUCGGGAUUCCCCUGAUAAGGAACAAAGUUCUUCUGGUUCAAAGAACAAAGGGAAGUCUAUUUCCCUUGCAAUCCAAGCAAAAGUCAAUGUCCAAAGAAGGGAAGGUUUAAAUCCAAGUAGCAACCGAGGCUUUGUAGGCCUAAAAGAACAGAGUGAUGGUAAGUCAAGCAUUCAUUCUAGGAGCCAACCACCCAUACAAAAGAAUUUGCAUAAGAAGUCUUCCUCGCACAACGCGUCUGGUGUUCUUAGGCAGAACAACCAGAAACAAAAUUGCCGACUGGAUAAAGAGAGACUAGCUUCAAAUCCAUCCACUUCCAACUUGUCUGCUAAAAAGCCAUUGUCUGGGGAUCCUACUUUUGGGCAGCAGAGAACUUUAAAUCCUAUGGUUGGCUCCAAAACUGGAUUGAGGAAGUUGGGCUUGGAGGAAACUGAUAGUGAAAAGCGAACCACUCAACCUAAUAUGAAAAACAUUCCUAGGAAGAAACGGUCACUCGACCGAGGCUUACGAUUUGAGGAAAAUCGAGUUGCUGAAAGUGUGUUGAUUGACAAUGAUGAGAAGCCAGUCAAAUCUAGUCCAAUUUUUGAAAAGAAUUUUAGUUGGGCUGAAGAAAGCAAAAGGAAAGGCAUGGAUGUUGUUUCAUUUACAUUCACAGCUCCCCUGACACGAUCAUCGUCUGCGUCUGAAAUGUCUGGCCAGUUGGGGCAGAAAACUAAUGAUGUUGACAUCGAUAAUCGAGGGAAGAGAUUGUUCCUUGAUGCAGAUGGAAUGAAAUACUCUUCGGUGGGGUAUAAUGUUAUAGGGGGAAAUGCUUUGAGUACACUUUUGGAACAAAAGUUAAGGGAGUUAUCUUAUGGAAUUGAGUCUUCCAGCAAUGGUUCCAUGAAAGUGGGGUCAACAUCUAGCUCCAUGUCAAGUUUACAAGAUGCAAUAUCAACUGCAAACACAGGAAGCAUUGUGCCUAAUUUGCAGCACAGCAAAAAUCAACAUGCACUUCAUGGAGAUACACCAAGUAGCUCUCAUGAUUCAGACUUUUUCUCCAGCAAUCAUCCAGUGUAUAGGUCUGAAAAAAAGUUUCAGGGAGCUGAUUAUGUGGAUGAGGUUACUAGCAAGCAUAAUGAUUUUAGGAAUUUGCUCGAUUGUCGACUCCCCAGUCCAAGCUCUACUCUUGAACCUUCUUUUUCAAAUGAAAGUUGCAUCUCAUCAGAUUGCACAGAUAGUAGCAGCACAGAAGGGAGCAAACAGUGUUCAGUUCAAGCCAUGGAAGUUCUUGGCUCGAGCUCUUCAAAUAAGUUAAACUGCAUAGAUGCUGAUAUAGAAUUAUCAGAUUCUGCUUCCUCCAUUUCAACCGAAAGUGUAGCUGGAAAGCAUUUGAAUACAAUAACUGUAACACAUUCCACAGGAUCGACUGAGAAGGAACUAGAAUAUGUGAGGGAGAUACUUUGUAAUGUAGAAUUGAUGUUUAAGGACUUUGCAUUAGGCCGGUCUUGUGAGAUUGUCAACCCUCAUCUGUUUGAGCAGUUGGACCGCAGAAGAGGUGGAUCAGAAAAUGUUCAUGGCGAGUCCGAGUCUAAGCUGCAGCGGAAGUUAUUAUUUGCUUGUGUGAGUGAAUGCUUGGACCUAAGAUGCAGGCGUUACGUAGGCGGGGGAUGCAAGUCAUGGUUGAAAGGGACAACAAUGGUGAGAAGAAAGGAUCAGUUGGCUGAAGAAGUACUGAAGGAGAUUUCUGGUUGGAAAGGAAUGGGGGAUUGCAUGGUGGAUGAGCUUGUAGACAGAGACAUGAGUAGUCAAAAUGGAAGAUGGUUGGACUUUGAAGUUGAUGAAUUUGUACUUGGAGUGGAGGUUGAGAGCCUAAUUCUUGAUUCUUUGGUUGAUGAAAUGGUUAUUGAUGUCUUGCAGUUUUAUUAAUGCCUCAAAAGGAUUAUAAUUGCUCAGCUUGACUGUAAGUCUCCACCUAUGUUUUCUGUUGUUGAUCUUGUCAUUGUAAUUCAAUACUAUCAUUACCUCUUUAAAAGAA